CGUUAACGUUUCUCAUCCACAACCAUUCCUGACACCAAACACUAGUCAUACGCGCCACAAGCCCUUCCAAAACAUGAGGUCUGCUCAAAUCUUCUUUGCGCUCGCCGCUAUUGGCACUGCAGCUGCCUACCCAACAGCGGCGAUUUCAGCCAGCCCUGAUUUGGCUCCUCAGACUGCUGAGGUUGCUAAGAGAGACGAUGCUAGCGUCGAUGAGAUUUCAGCUGGGCUCUACAUAGACUGGGACAGCACUGGCGGCAAAGAGAAGAGGGAAAAAUUCAGCGUUGAUGAGAUCUCCGCUGGGCUCUACAUUGACUGGGACAGUACUGGUGGUAAGAACUAAGAGUCACUAAACAUUGCCGCAAGAUGUUUAUCUGUUAGAUA